UUGUUGUCAAAAGCACUGAGUGUGUUUUACAGGACAGUAUGGUGCAGCACAUGAGCCAGACAGAGAGCGCCCACGCUCACUCUCCCGGCGGGGACUCCACGGACACGGGAGAAAUGGACCUGGAGAUUGAUGUGUCUCCAACUCCGGAGUCACCUUCCUCCUCUUCCUCCUCCUCCUCCUCCUCCAGGAGCGACUUGGCGUGGUGCAAAACUCCCACGGGCCACAUCAAGAGACCCAUGAACGCAUUCAUGGUGUGGUCGCAGAUCGAGAGGAGAAAGAUCAUGGAGCAGUCGCCGGACAUGCACAACGCGGAGAUCUCCAAGCGGCUGGGGAAACGCUGGAAGCUGCUCAAAGACACUGACAAGAUCCCGUUCAUCCGGGAGGCGGAGCGGCUGCGGCUCAAACACAUGGCCGACUAUCCAGACUACAAGUACCGGCCGAGGAAGAAGGUGAAGUCCGGUGGCGGUGGUGGUGGCGGUGGUGGUGGUGGUGGAGCGAGUAAGCAGACGGCGGAGAAGAGCGCAGGAGAGAAGAGCGGCAAAGUGAAGAGGAGCGCCGCGUCUAAAGGAGGCAGCAGGACGCACAAGAUGAAGAGCGCUGCGGGGCUGCAGGACUACGCGGCGUCUCCAGGUGACCACCAGGCGCUCUUCAAGUCCAGGUCUGGAGCGAGGCAGAUACCGGAGAAGCAGCCUCUCCGGCGCGGACACAUGUUCGGCGGUGCUGGCAGCCUGGAGAGCGGGCCUCCCUCCGUGGGAGUCCCGGCUAGUCCCACUCUGAGCAGCUCGGCGGAGUCCAGCGACCCGCUGAGUCUCUACGAGGAGCAGCAGAGCUUGCACGCGGCCACCAGCGAGUCUCGCGAGUCCUCCUCCUCCUCGCACAGGUACGCUCGAGCCUCCUCUCCGACACCGUCAGCCUCUCACUCUUCCUCCUCCGUCUCCUCCUCCUCCUCCUCCUCCUCUUCUUCUUCCUCGUCGGACGAGGAGUUUGAAGACGAGCGAGUGGAGCUGAACCCGAGCCCCGGGUUUGAGAGCAUGUCCCUGGGAGGAAUGGGCGGCUUCUCCGACGCGGAGGAGCUGGACCGGGACUUGGACUGGAGCUUCGGAGAGUGCGGGGCCGGGUCUCACUUCGACUUCCCCGACUACUGCACGCCCGAAGUCAGCGAGAUGAUCUCAGGAGACUGGCUGGAGUCCACCAUCUCCAACCUGGUGUUCACCUACUGAUAAGAAGAACAAGGAGCACGGUGGAGAGGAGCGUUUUGAAACUGUUCAAGAGACCUCCAGGCCAGAAUGUUCCCGCCAUUCUUUCCACUAAAUAAGGGAGAGUGAAAACAAGGAAAGAAAAGGUUAACCUGCGCGCGCGCGUUAAAAGCCCCGCGCAGGUACACGCGCGCCGCUCACACACUUGAAACAGCUGGCUCCGCGUGCGCCUGACGGGGAGCGCGCAAGACGGUGGAAAAAAAAAAAUGCUUAGUUUGCAUUUGAGGAGUGAAUGUAAAGCAAAGUGAGCAAGUGAAACAACGCGGACUUCAAACAAAAUCCCGCGAGAGGAUGAUGAUGAUGAUGAUGAGGAGGAGGAGGACAUGAGAUUGAACUUUGAAUCUUUAAUGUUAUUUCGGGGGACAUUUAAAAAGGGACAUUUUACUGGACAAAGCUCGUCAUGUUUGUUAAAGAUAAAUAGCCAAUUCACAUUCAAGACCAUCAAGUUGCUAUUCAGGUGUUUUUUUCCAGUAUAGUUUUAAUAUCAACACGCAUGCCCUUCCUUCCGAGAUAAAGGAGUUGUUGUUGUUGUUAAAAAAUGCGUAAAAAAUGUUCAUUGCUGCGUAAUUUACGCAAUUUCUGUGACCAUAUAGGACACAAUUCACUAUCACCAGCUUUCUCUUUCAACGGCAGGACUUUAAAAAAACAAAGACUGACUCCAAACUUUCAGAAAACCCUUUUUUUCUGAACCUUUUUAAACACUCAGUGCACAAUUCAGGACCAAUGUUUCCCCCUCCAACGCGCAUCCUUUCUGCCUAGUGCUUCAACUUUGUAGUUCCUCUGUGUCAAGAUGACAAGUUUUUUUUAUAUUGAUGUAUUUAUACCGGCCAAACUUUUUUAUACAUAGAAGUAUUGUUCUCGUACAGGUCUCGUUUGUGUUCGUGCACAUACACCUGUCUGUAUCCAGCGCGGAAGGGCUAGAAGUGUAUCUUAUUUAAAAAAAAAAAAACAUGUCUGACUUCUCUCACUUUUAAGGAGAUUUUGAGUGUGUCAUGAUUUUCUACUUGUAUUUUUGUACAAAAUCUAUAGAAAGGUGGGUUUUUUCCAGCAAGUGGGGUAGCCUACAACAUUGUUGUUUUGGGUCUACAUUGGUGUUCAGAUGGGGGGUUUGUUUGGCACAAUCUGACCUCACACAGUGUUUACAGUAUUUACCCACAUGCUUCUUAAUGGCACAGUGACUCCAGUUUCACCAGCCAAGUAAACAAAGCGCCACUGAGGCUCCCAGCCUGAGUGGUGACUGUUUUCCAGUACACAUAGACCUAAAAGUAUAUGAGUGGAAGAUCCCAUGGAGAGAGUCACUGUUUGGAUAGAGCUAAUACCUCUGUGUGCUUUUUAUCAAGAUAAGUUUUAUUUGAACCACUGGAUGGAAUUUCACACUCAUUCCACUUUGCCUAGACUUUGGAGGAGAGGGAGAUGUAUGAAGUGCUUCAUCUGUUAUUGCGCAAGUUGCAUCAAAAAAAUAGUAUUUAACCUUUCUGUACCUGUUGGCUAAGUAUAGCAGGCUAAUUGUUUUCCUAUAUUAUGGCAUGGCAAAUAGCAUUUGUAUUUCAGAUUCAGGUAUAUGUAGCUAUAGCUGUUGUGUUUAAGAUUUUUAAAAGAAUAAUAACAUGAAGAUAUUUAUGUAAACUGACUGUACUAUAAGCAAAGAUUGUGUGUUUUAUGUAUGAUGAUGAUCAACGACAGGCACUAGGACAGCCAUCUUUGGACAUCCUUAUGUUGAAGAUGAUUGUGGUCCAGGAGUUUCUUUUUUCUUUUUACCUUUCGAGACAUCUUCUUUUCUUUUUUUUCUAUCGUCCUCUCUCUCUUUUCUUUUUUCAUUUGUGCAAUAUGCUGUGUAUGAUCAUGUUUUGUCCAAUCAUGCCAAUAUCAUUUGAUGUUUAUAGCUCAAAACCAGCCAAUGUUUGGGUCAAUCACUGCCUCUCAGACCUCUGUACAGAUUGUCGUUUUUUUUUUAUUUGUUUUUCUUUUCUUCCAAGAAGGAAAUAAAAUCAGCUGGAACUGAAAAGUA